AUGAAUGUACAAACGAUUUGUGAUGCUAAUUUGAAAAUACAAGACAUUGUAGCUAGAUGGCCUGGAUCUUCCCACGAUUUUACAAUAUUUAAUAAUUCAGCAAUAAGAGGCAAGUUUAAAAGAGACGAAAUAAAAAAUAGCAUUUUGGUAGCUGACAGUGGAUAUGCUCAGCGUAGCUAUGUUAUGACCCUAGUCGGAAACCCUAACACAGUUAUAGAUCCAUUAUCAGGGAUUUCUGCAGUUUCUGUAGACAGAUAUAAUGAGUCUUUAAUCAGAACUCGAAACACUGUGGAAAGAAGCUACGGUGUUUGGAAAAGGCGAUUUCCCAUUUUAGUGACUAGUUUAAAUGUAAAAAUUUCAUCAUCUCAGAGUAUUAUUGUAGCUACUGCAGUACUUCAUAAUAUAGCCUGUAACUUUGGAGAAAUUACACCAAGGGUUUCAACUGAAAUAGAAUCUUCAAUUCGAAUCACAGACUUCCGUAAUCCAGAAGAUAAUAGAACUAGUAGAAAUGCAAUUCAUCACACUAAUAGAAAGAGAUUUCUUCGAUAUUUCCAAAAUGCAGUUUAA